CCUAGAUAACAUCGCCGCGGGGGUCCCAAUGAGAGCUGGGGGGGACACGGAACACCGGAGCGACAAGUUGGCAGCGAGGGAGGGGGGUCCGAGAAGGACAGAGGGCGGCCAGCCCCCGGGCCAGCCCCGUAGACUGACAGCUGCAGGACCCGCCCUCCCCGUGGCGUCACUUCCGGCAGCGGCCACUACCCCUCCCGCUCUGUCUCCGUAGUCGCCUAGGACUCCGCCCCCUGGCUAUUGGAACUCCAGUCACGUAGCAACGCGGGGGAGAAAGAGAGAGGGGCGUGGCCCGGCGCUUACCCAAUCAGCGUGCAGAGGCGCAGGCCUCUGGCCGCUGCGCUUUAGCAACGUCGUUAGCAACACGUGGGGCGGGAGGAAGCGUGGGGCGAGAGGAGGGGGAGGAUAGUGUAGGAGCGCGGGGGGGCAGCGGGAGGGAGCGGGCGCGCGGGGAGGAGGAGGAGAACUGACGUCAGCGGGAGAGUAUUAUGGUCUGUCGCGCGCUGGCUGCUGCUUUUCUGCUCCUGGAAGCGGCCAAGAGGGGAAGAGGCGAGUCAACAUGGAGCUCUCAGCGGUGGGGGAGCGGGUGUUCGCAGCCGAAGCCCUCCUGAAGCGACGCAUACGGAAAGGACGCAUGGAAUACCUCGUGAAAUGGAAGGGCUGGUCGCAGAAGUACAGCACAUGGGAGCCAGAAGAAAACAUCCUGGAUGCUCGCCUGCUGGCAGCCUUUGAAGAAAGGGAACGAGAGAUGGAGCUCUAUGGCCCCAAAAAGCGAGGACCCAAACCUAAAACCUUCCUCCUCAAGGCCCAGGCAAAGGCAAAGGCCAAAACUUAUGAGUUCCGAAGUGACUCAGCCCGGGGUAUUCGGAUUCCCUACCCUGGCCGCUCACCUCAGGAUCUGGCCUCCACUUCUCGGGCCCGUGAAGGUCUUCGGAACAUGGGCUUGUCCCCACCAGGGAGCAGCAGCAGCACCAGCAGCACCUGCAGAGCAGAGCCCCCUCGGGACCGGGACCGGGAGCGGGAGAGGGAGCAAGAACGAGAGAGGGAACGUGAGAGGGAGCGAGAGCGGGCAGCCAGCCGUGUGGACGACAAGCCCAGCUCACCAGGGGACAGCACCAAGAAGAGAGGCCCCAAGCCUCGGAAGGAGCUCCUGGACCCCUCACAGAGGCCCUUAGGAGAGCCCAGCGAUGGCCUUGCAGAUUACCUCAAGGGCAGGAAGCUGGAAGACACCCCUUCAGGGGCAGGAAAGUUCCCAGCAGGCCACAGUGUGAUCCAGCUGGCCAGAAGGCAGGACUCAGACCUGGUUCAGUGUGGUGUGACCAGCCCUAGCUCAGCUGAGGCCACCGGCAAGCUGGCUGUGGACACCUUCCCAGCCAGGGUCAUAAAGCACAGGGCUGCUUUCCUGGAGGCCAAAGGCCAGGGUGCCCUAGACUCUGGUGGCUCCCGGGUCCGGCAUGGCUCAGGCACCCCUGGCUCCGUGGGAGGCUUGUAUCGGGACAUGGGGGCCCAGGGGGGAAGGCCCUCCCUCAUUGCCAGGAUCCCAGUGGCCAGAAUCCUGGGGGACCCUGAGGAAGAGUCCUGGAGCCCCUCCCUGACUAACCUGGAGAAGGUGGUGGUCACAGAUGUGACCUCAAACUUUUUGACCGUCACCAUUAAGGAAAGUAACACGGACCAAGGCUUUUUUAAAGAGAAAAGAUGAAUUGCUGAGUGGGUGAGCCCAGGACAAGAGAGCAGGGGAGAGAGUGAACGCCAGCUUGACAUAGUGCUUUUGAUUUCUGGGUGGGAUGUGGCCGCCUGGCUGGUCCUGUCCCUAACUUCACACCCCCUCAGUCCUUUCCUUCCUCCUUUUUCCCCUUCAGUUUUGGUUGGAAAGAUUAUCUCUAGAGUUAUAUUUUCUAUUAGAUGUAAAUAUGUUAUUUAAGAAAAAUAUCUAAAUAUAUAUAUUUCAACUC